AUGUCUGCCUCCAAGCCAAUCGACCCGCAAUCAGGCACCGGCGUCCCCCGUUGGCAGCUCGCUCUGCUGUUCGGCGCGCCCAUAGUGCUCGGGAGUCGUUUGGAUCGUGCCCGUGAGGCAAAUCAAAAAGGCAACAAAUACUUUCAGGCGGCCAAGUACGAGAGCGCCAUCCAGUGUUACACAGAGGCCAUUGAACUCUGCCCCACUGUACAGAAGAGCUACCUGUCGGUGUUCUAUAACAACCGAGCGGAGGCGUAUGAGAAGCAGAUGAAAUGGACUGAGGUGUCGCAAGACAGCUCACAGGUACUAAUGUUCGACCCGCAGAACUUCACAGCUUUUACCAGUAAGCUGCGAGCUCAUGAGAAACUGGACAAUAAGAAAGAAUGCCUGGAAGAUUACUUCUUGUUGAGUAAAGACAAGCUGAGUAAGGUUAUAGGUCAAGGUGAAAAAAAAAAAAAAAAAAAACGAGGGUGGAUGAUGCCUUCUCCUCAGUACAUCAAAUCCUACUUUGGUUCUUUCACCGAUGACAUCAUCUCGCAGCCGCUGCAGAUGGGCAAGAAGAAAGAUGAAGACAAGGACAAUGAGGGCGAGGCCUCCGAGGUCACAGCUAGUUCGGGCUACCUGAAAGCCAGGCAAUACAUGGAUGAGGAGGACUACGACAAAAUCAUCAGCGAAUGCACUAAGGAGGUGGACUCGGAGGGCCGCUACAUGGCUGAGGCGCUGCUCCUGCGCGCCACUUUUCACGUGUUGACUCGCAACCGAGUGGAGGCUGGUGUCGACUUGGACCGCAUCAUCAAUAUGCAGGAAGCCAACGUCAAGCUGCGUGCCAACGCUCUCAUCAAGCGUGGGAUCCUGUACAAACAGGAUGUCCGACACUUGGCUGCCAAAAAGCACUUCAACAUCGCAGCAGAGAUCGACGCAUGCAAUCCCGAUGUGUACCAUCACAUGGGGCAGCUUAAAAUGGACCUGCACCUGGUGGAUGAAGCUGUAGAAGACUUUGACAAAAGCAUCCAGCUCAGACCUGAGUUUGCUCUCACCCAGGCGCAGAGGUCCUUCGCUCUGUACAAACAAGCAUACACCGAGCUCUGCCCAUCCAAGACACACGUUCAGAAAGCCAUGGAUGGAUUCGAGGACGUUAUCAAAAGGUUUCCCACUUGUGCAGAGGGCUACGCACUAUACGCUCAGGCUUUAACCAAGGAGGGACGCUUCAGAAAGGCAGACAAGAUGUACGACAAGUGUAUUGAAGUGGAACCACACAACGCCAACUAUUAUGUUCACAAAGGAUUAUUACAGCUCCAGUGGAAACGAGGCAUGGACUCAAGAAGCUUGUGUGGGUUGGCCCUGGACCUAAUCAGAGAAGCCAUCAAAAUCGACAACAAAUGUGCCUUUGCUCGCGAAUCAUUGAGAUAUGUCAAACAUCCAUGGUGA